GAUUCUUCGAGUGUCUUCGAACGCUGUAGUUUCGCGGGUGUGGACCGUUGAGCGCGUGCGAGGCGACUAGUACGGUCGAUUUCUGGCAGGAAAUCACCGAUAACAGCCGCUUUUAUCACCGAAAAUGCUCGAAAAGUGCUGGGAGGUCGCCAUUUGCCGAAACGGGAUGUCGUCAGCUCGUACUUUAAAUGGUCUAGCAUCUUCGAAUGGAUGAGCAAGAUAGCAAUGAAGGCACCAUUGGAGAGGACAAUUCAGUGGCCGACAGCAAUGUGCACGAAGUCGUCCGCUUACUGCUCACACCAAACGUGACCUUGGAUGAAGAUGUCGCAGAGGCGGAAGAAGAAGACGAUGUAACUGACCAAGGCUUGUUAGACCCAGGAGGGGCUGAGGUUGCUUCAGCUGUGGCUACUCUUGGUCUCUCACAGGAAGUAGACCCAUGUGGCCUUGGAGUCAAACUGGAAGACGGUUCGACUGCAUUUCUUCAGGGACUAGGUGGAACUACGCAUGCCAUCACGCUAGAGGAUGGCUCCACAGCUUACAUACAAGCCGGACCGAGGGGAGCCAUAGAGGGACUCCAGGCGGUAACCUUAGAAGAUGGCACAACUGCCUACAUCUCCACGACGACAACUGCUGAGCAGUUGUUUGGUUCUGAUGUGUCCGAAGCUACCCUUGGUUUAGAGAGCAUCACUGCUCAGGCAUCAGGCGACGACAACUGUGAGGAGGAUGAGACUGGUGCAAGGUCUACAAACAUCGUUCACAUGUCAAAUGGGGGCACCAACAAUGGGACGCCCACUGAAAAGGCAUUUAUGUGCCGUGUGGAAGGCUGUGGAAAAACGUACACUACACUCCACCAUCUAAAGGUACACGGGCGUGCACACACAGGCGAUCGACCUUUCAAGUGCCUUGUGGAUGGCUGCAACAAGAGCUUCGUGACCGGCUAUGGCCUCAAGAGCCACACACGUGUACACACAGGCGAGACUCCCUACCGGUGCACACACGAUGGCUGCAUUAAGACUUUCAAGACGUCGGGAGACCUGCAGAAGCAUGUCCGCACACACACAGGGGAACGGCCUUUCAAGUGUCCUUUUGAGGAUUGCAAUUGUGCCUUUACCACAUCGAACAUCCGAAAGGUGCACAUGCGCACGCACACAGGCGAGCGACCAUACGUCUGCAAGGAGGAGAACUGUGGUCGUUCAUUUGCCAGUGCAACAAACUACAAAAAUCACAUACGAAUUCACACAGGUGAGAAGCCUUACGUGUGCACAGUGCCGUCCUGUGGCAAGCGCUUCACCGAGUACUCGUCCUUGUACAAGCACCACGUGGUGCACACGCACAAUAAGCCAUACAUGUGCAAUCUGUGUGGCAAGAACUAUCGCCAGACCUCCACCCUGGCCAUGCACAAGCGGACAGCGCAUGGCUUGCUCAUUGACGACGCCUGCCUUGAGCUCGGAGUGGAAGAAGAAGAAAUGGAAGGAGAUCUGGACGAAGCAGGAACGAUACAAGAUGCAGCAGGGAUCAUGGAGGAGACGAGCCCGACAGGGAGACGCCGCCGGGCAGGGGGCAUGUCCAGCAUACCCAGCACUACAACAUUGGUGGUACAGCAGUCACCAGCUACAGGCGGUGACAAUACUCUGCGCCUCUCAUUUGACCCACAGACAUUACAGGAAGACGGCACGCUGGUUCAGACGCCAUCCGGCCAACAAAUCCUGCUCGUGGCUAACCCUGCGCAGUUGUUAGCACUGCAACAACUAGCACUCCAACAAGACCAGACAUUAGCCUUAGCCGACCAGCAACAGGACAGUCUUGAAGGAGAGGAUGUCGUCAUCGCUACAGCCUCCCUGCCUGACAACUAAGAAGUCGUGCGCUUUCUGUGUUCAUCAUCUGUGUUCAUUUUUUUUUUUAAUCUCUGUACAUACAUUAGCCAGGCGUUUCAGUGAAGAGUUCUCACUAGCUGCGGAUUCCUCUUACGAACGAUGAGAGAACUGCUGAAAGUAAGGAAUUUUGAGACUGGGUCAUAAUUUUUGUUGCUAAAACACUGUAGCGGGAAGAAUGCAAUAAUCGUCAUAACUUGACUAGAGCUCGUAAACUUGCCUAACAUCACAGGGAUUAUUGCAGUUGCAGAAUUGAAGACGAUCGGUGCUGAAUGCACAUCCAUUCAACAGGAACUCGAAGGUUAGAUUGCGCUUUAAGAUGUCCAUGUCUAAGCUAAUGACAGAACUCGCACGUGUCACUCCUAUAAGUUAACAAUACAGAACUUUUCUGAGGAUAACUGGGUGAAAUUAUGCAAAAUAUUUUUGUGUUUUGUGUACAGAUGUCUGGGACAGGUGUUCUAAACCAUUCGGUACUGUUAACUGCUUAGCAAAAUAGAGCAUUCAAUGGUUUUGAAUUCUGUAAUUGUAGUACAUUCAAUACAAAAAGACCCUCAUAAACAUUGGUUAGAGCUUACUUACUUUAUUGAAGAAUAAUCAGCAAAUAAUUUCGCAUCUAAGCCACCAGAAAAAUAUGUAAUUACAAAAAUUAUUGCCUUGUGUCAACUUUCCCUAGUGAAUUCAUUCACUGUAGGAACAUGCCAACUGUAAAUUUAUAUACAGGAUGAAAAAGUGCUCUUCAGCACAUAUUACUGUAUGAAAGUUAUGUUGAAUGAGUGACUUGUUUUGUAUAAAUAUGCUGAGAUAUUGCUGAUGCUGUGCAUCAAAUAAAAGCAUAAGCUAACAA